AUGGGCCCUGCCGCAGGCUCGGUGAGGGCGCGCUACCUCGUGUACUUCCAGUACUUGGGCACGGAGUUCAACGGGGUCGCGGCCAUCAGGGGCUCCCAGCGCGCCAUCGGGGUCCAGAACUACCUGGAGGAGGCUGCAAAGAGGCUGAAUUCGGUGGUGCCGGUCAAGUUCACCAUCUCCAGCCGCACGGAUGCUGGAGUCCACGCGCUGAGCAACGCCGCUCACCUAGACGUCCAGCGCCGCUCAGGCCAGCCCCCCUUCUCCCCCGAGGUCCUGGCUGAAGCUCUCAAUGCCCACCUGAGGCACCCGGCCAUCCGGGUACUGCAGGCCUUCCGAGUACCCAUUGACUUCCAUGCCCGCCAUGCUGCCACAUCCAGGACCUACCUGUACCGCCUGGCCACCGGCUGCCACCGGCCCGAUCAGCUGUCUGUGUUUGAACGAAACCGAUGCUGGGCACUACGGGCAGGCUGCUUGGAUGUAGAGGCCAUGCAGGAGGCUGCCCAGCACCUUCUAGGGACACAUGACUUCAGUGCCUUCCAGUCAGCUGGCAGCCCAGCCACGAGCUCAGUGCGCACAUUGCGCCGAGCUUCUGUGUCCCCUGACCUAGGCAGCCCCUUUGUCCUCCCCCAGGAGAACAGGUUGCAGUUCUGGAACCUGGAGUUUGAGAGCCAGUCCUUUCUGUACAGACAGGUUCGGAGAAUGACAGCUGUGCUGGUGGCUGUGGGGCUGGGAGCUCUGAUGCCCGCUCAGGUGAAGGUGAUUUUGGAAAGCCGGGACCCCCUCGGUAGACACCAGACACGUGUGGCCCCGGCCCAUGGCUUAUUCCUCAAGUCAGUGCAGUACGGGAGUUUCGGUGGGAAUCCAGCCUGUGUUCAGCAGGAAAGCCAGGGCCCUGGAGGCAAGGAAGCCCCAACCAGGUUGGACAAAAAGUCUCCAGCUGCUCCCAAAAGCAGGCAGCCUGGAGUGAGGGGUCUCCUUCCCCUGGGCCCUUAG